AUGGGGUCGACCAGCGGCGAGCCGCCGCCGCCAGCGCCGGAGGGUAGCAGCAGCAGCAGCCCGGGCGCGAAGAAGCCCGUCGUCUGCUUCCUCGGGCCCGAGACGUCCUAUACGCACCAGGCCACGCUGCAAGUGUUUUCCGCGGACGAGUUCGAGCUGAAGCCCGUCGCGACGAUCGCAGGCAGCGCGACGUACGGGGUGGUGCCGUUCGAGAACUCGACGAACGGCGCGGUGGUGCCGACGCUGGAGCAGUUCGCGGACCGCGAGGGCGCGAACGCGGCGCUGGCCGUGUGCGCCGAGACGUACGUCGCCGUGCGCCACUGCCUGGCGGGGUACCGGGACCCGGCGCCGUCGCCCGUCGCCGGCGGCGGCGGCGAGGAGUCGCUCGCCCACGUCCGCCGCGUGUACAGCCACCCGCAGGCGUUCGGCCAGGUCGGCGCGUUCCUAGCGCGGCGGCUGCGCGGCGCCGAGCGCGUCGACACGAGCUCGACGAGCCGCGCCGCGGCGCUCGCCGCCGCCGACCCUGCGCGCGCCAGCGCCGCCGUCAGCAGCGCCGCUGCGGCGGCAGCCGCCGGCCUCGCCGUCCUCGCCCGCGGCAUCGAGGACCGCCCCGACAACACCACGCGCUUCUUCGUGCUGCGGCGCCGCGGCGGCGAGGACGAGGAGGAGGACGAGGAGCCGGCGUGGCUGCGCGAGCGCAGAUCGCCACCGCCACCACCACCACCACCAACAACAACCACGACGCCGCACGACCCCGCCGUCGCGCCCGUCUACGCCCGCACCAAGUCGCUCGUCGCGUUCACGGUGCCGCACGGCGCGCCGGGCGCGCUGGCCGACGUGCUGGCGUGCUUCGGGCGGGCGGGGCUGAACCUGACGAGCAUCGGGAGCCGGCCGGCGCUGGGCCCUGACUCUGGCUCUGGCUCUGGCUCUGGCUCUGGCUCUGGCUCUGGCUCUGGCGCUGCCGGCGCGCCCGCGCCCUUCCAGUACGUCUUCUUCGCCGAGUUCGAGGGCCACCGCGCCGACGACCCGCAGGGCCGCGUGCGCGCCGCCCUGCGCGACGUCGCCGCCGUCGCGCGCAGCUGCCGCUGGCUCGGCAGCUGGGACGACGUGCGACGCUGA